CCUCCCUCCACUUCGAAUUCCUCAACCCGUCGCACUUGGUUAUCUUUUGGGAGAGAAGUCGCUCGUCCGUCGGAAUCUUUCGCGUUUUUCCAGAUGCCAAUCAUGGACCUUAUCAAGAGAGCCGGAGAUGAUGUCAAUCUGGUGGUAUUUGAGAAUAUUCAGCCCAUCGUGUGGAUCACUACCAUUCCAUUUUUUGUGAUAUGCCUCGCGUCAUCUGCUAUUCGACUCUAUACCCGAGCUUUCAUCCGGGUUCCUUUUGGCACAGACGAUUGGUUCAUACUGGCUGGAACGGUAAAUUUUGAGCAUGCUCUGGCUGCACGACGGACGUUUACUAACUCAGUCUUAGAUCUUAUUCAUCGGUCAACAAUACAUCGCCUGGAUGUGAACCAUACUAGGUGGAGGCCUGUAAGCGUGACACUAGCUUCCACGGACGCGAUCUCAUACUACUCAAGGCACAUUACCGACCCUCGCGUCAAGACGGAAGAUCUCAAGAAGAUCAGUGUGUAUCUAUUCGCAGAAGAAUUCUACUACCUACUCCUACAGUUCUUCAUCAAGAUGUCCUUUCUCUUUUUUUACCGCCGUACCUUAGAAGUCGAGCCUGGUUUCAAGCUCGCAGUAGUCAUCACUAUGGCUCUGGUCUGCUUGCAGAUAGCUGGUACAUGGGUCUUUUACGCCUUGCAAUGCAUUCCCAUACAGGCCUAUUUCCACUCAGAACUCUACCCAAAUGCUAAGUGCAUUUCCUCUAGUCUGUCAUACUACCUACCUUCUGUUGCCAACGUCUUCAUGGACGUAGUCAUCUAUCUCCUUCCCAUUUACCCACUUUGGACUGUGCAAACUCCAGUCCGCCGCCAAAUCGGGUUGAUCUGCGUCUUUACUUGCGGAGGCUGCACAGUUAUGGUUUCUCUUCUUCGCUUCAUUGUCCUCUGGCAGCUAGCGAACACAAAGGACACGUCCUACAUUUUCGGCUCCGUCACUAUUGUUACGUCGAUCGAGUUCGCCGUGGCAAUUAUCACCGCGAACAUGCCUGGUAUGUACGCCUUUUACCGCGCGAAGAUAUCCAAAGCGCAUCAGAGUAGCACGGCAGGAUACAAUUUCGGUAUCCCUAUCGUAGGUUCAAAGGGUCGCUCUUUGGGCAAUACUAUCCGUGUAACGAAUGGCAGCAAAUCAGUACUCAUGCAGAAGAAGACGACGCAAGAACAGGGAGCCAGGAAGAACUAUACCCGAUGGUCAAUCUUGGUGAAAGCGAGCAUGUGCCGGCAAUCCGCGUCACUACGAAAGUCGUAG